AUGAAUGUUUUAGUGUAUGAGGGGCGUGGUACUACACCUGGUUCAGUCAGACAUGUUGUUGACUCAUUGAGGAUGUUCUUAGAGCCUUAUUAUGCUGUAAGUACGGUUACCUCCAAGACUUUAGAGCAGGAGCCAUGGAUGGGUAAAGCCGCAGUGUUAGUGUUUCCAGGUGGUAGAGACUUGCCCUAUGUGGCUGACUGUAAGCGAAUCAUCCCUAAGAUAAGAAACUUUGUACAAAAUUAUGGUGGUACAUACAUAGGUUUCUGUGCUGGGGGCUAUUUCGGUAGUAGUCGAGUUGAGUUUGCUAAAGGAGAUCCAAAUUUAGAGGUUGUCGGUAACAGAGACUUGAAGUUUUACCCUGGCAUUACCCGUGGACCUGUUUUUGGUAGUUUUGAAUAUAACAGUGAGCAAGGCGCCAAGGCAGUUAAAUUAGAGCUUGAAGAUGGUUCUGAGUUUUACACAUACUACAAUGGUGGUAGCUGUUUUGUUGACGCUAACAAGUACGAAAAUGUGAAAGUUUUAGCCCAUUACGGGGAUAAACCUUCGAUUCCCUUUACCGACGACCCAGCUUCAACAGCGAAGAAAGCAGCAGCUGUGGUUCUCUGUAAAAUAGGUAAGGGCCAAGCACUACUCACUGGACCUCAUCCCGAAUUUUCUCCAAAGAUUUUGGAGAGAAGUGAGGAUGAGAAACUACAGAAAGAGAUCAUUGGCAUACUUAAGGAAAACGAAGAGGCUAGAUUAAGAUUCAUGAAACACAUUCUAGCCCAAGCGGGGUUGAAGGUCAAUGACUUCCCUAAUUCUGGAAGGCCUUCGCAUCUCACACCUAUGUUACUAGGUGUUAACUCGAACAGCAAUAGCGGACUGGUUCAAGAAUUCACAAGGAACAUUGAGAACAAUAUCAAUGAUUUUAUUGUAAGUGAUGGACAUACCCAAAUUGAAUGUGAAAGUGACACAUUUAUGAUCUAUAAUGGGUAUGAUAACUUUUUUGAUGCUGCUAAAUUAUUAACAGAAUACGAAGACAUCGAAAAAUCUCCGAAAGCUAUAUUAUUUCCAGAUGAUAAUGGAACAAUUCCGCCAAGAGAGUUUUCUGGUGAUUUUGACUUUGAUGUUUACUACAAGCAUUUAAAUCCUAAUAACACCUUAGGUUCGUUAUUAUUGUAUGGAGAAAUUGUUACAUCGACAAGCACAAUUUUGAACAACAAUAAAAAAAUUCUUCAAUGUAUCCCAGAUAACUCAAUGUUACACGUUGGGUCAAUACAGUUGUCCGGAAGGGGAAGAGGAAAUAAUGUUUGGGUGAAUCCAAGAGGUGUUUGUGCCUCAACAGCUGUUCUCAAUCUUCCAACAACCUCGCCACGUACUGGUAAUCCUUUAUCAGUGGUGUUUAUUCAGUACUUAGCUAUGUUGGCGUAUUGCAAAGCUAUCCGUUCAUACGCCCCUGGAUAUGAAGACUUACCCGUUCGAAUCAAGUGGCCUAAUGAUUUGUAUGCUGUUGAUCCAAAGUAUUACUAUAAUAAUAAUUUAAAGUUUUUAAGUUCUGGUUUUUCUAAUAGGCAAAUUCCAUUAUCUGAUAUUGAACCGGCAUAUGUGAAGAUUUCUGGGUUACUUGUAAACACCAAUUUCAUUAAUGGACAGUAUUCACUGCUUGUAGGUUGUGGUCUAAAUGUCUAUAGUGAUGCUCCUACGACCUCUUUGAAGAUGUGGAUUGAUAUUUUGAACAAAGAGAGGGAAAUUGCUAGGCUAGAUCCGCUACCUCCUAUUCAGGUCGAGAAAUUGUUGGCUCUGUAUAUGAAUAAUUUACAGGUUAUUCUCGCAAAUUUUAUUGAUCACGGAGCCAAAGUCGUUUUGCCAGAAUACUACAGACUAUGGCUUCAUACUGAUCAAAUUGUCACUUUAUCAGACCAUAAUAAUGUUCGCGCAAUUGUGAAGGGUAUUACACAAGACUACGGUAUGUUAAUUGCUCACGAACUUGUAAGUGGAAGUGAUACUCAAACAACUGGAAAUGUUUAUCAUUUACAACCUGAUGGUAACUCUUUUGAUAUAUUUAGAGGCUUGAUAGCAAAGAAAGCUACUUGA